UAAAGCCAACAGUCGAGCUACCUGUAUCAAAACAAAUAAUCAUUUCAAUAAUAGACCUUCGGCACAAUGUCAAGUGUACGUCUAACAAAUAUAACCGUCCUUAAUAGUAGUUCAAAUCAGAUUCGGAUUCAGAACAGAGCGUUUAAAGCGGAACGUGUGAUUCUAAGAGUAAACGAGUGUUCUUAAUUUUAGAGAUGUUGUUCAAAGAAAUAUUUUUAUUCCUGAGAUGUUAAUCUAUCCCACGUUAUUAAAUAUUAAUUAAUUCAAUGUACACGUUGAACAUAAAAAAGUGGAGCUCUUAAAAAGCAUACUGUCAUGGUAAAACGUAGAAGUUACAAUGGAUCAGGAUGGAAUCAAGGCCUUCGUCAAUCGCAGGAGAUGCUGUUGCAAAAAUCAGAUUCGAACGACAGAAUUGAUAACAUUGGAAAUAAUGAUACACCGUUAAGGAAAAACGGGGGAUCAUUGGAGCAACUUUUGGAGCACCGUUCCCCAGAAUUAGUGCUCUUCGAACCACAACAACUGGAGUUGUCCUGUUACGAUGACUUAAGUCCAGAGAUUGCACACAAGCGUCGACGAAGGAACUCGGAUUCGAAUGACAUGGACAAGUAUUACGAGCGAAGCAACAAUUCAUUAAAAAAUGUCGAUACAUCCCCAAAAGCCUGUUUCCCAUUGGACAAAACGUUGUCGUUGAACGAAGACAUCAAACUGGACAUGAACAAAUGCGACUACUUGCAAGACGACAAAUCCUUUUCAAACAUCUUCUUUGCUAGUCAGUCCGAGGAUGAAACGAAAAACACCAAACGCUAUGAAACAUGGAACAAGCGAAGGAACCAAGAUACAAAGUUUGAGACGGUGAAAGAGAAGACUCCGCAGGAGUCGAGUGGCAAUCUGUUUUCUGCCAAUUGGAGCGAUUGCAAGCGGAUCCUCUCCAACCUGCGGCAACUGAACAGCUUCAAAGUAGGAACUACAAGUCAGGAGGGAAUUGCCGGUCUUUUACCGAAGUACACCCCAUUCCUAGCAUUGCAAAAAGAUUCUACUGCACGCUCAAAUAAACGUCCUUUCGUGGAGGUCGUCGAGGUGGAUGACAAAGUGGAGGAGUACCAACGGUACAAGGAGAUUCGAAACGAUCUGACAAGAAGAGAUCGUUCGCCUACGCCGUGCAGCGGUUCGCCACCGCCUGCCAAGAAGUGUAGGACUACAUUGAGAUUUGACAAUGAGGAAAAAACAGAGCAAUCGCAAUCAGCGUUCAUCACAUUGAGCACGUUCGAAUCUCCCACAGCUUCUAGUCUGGAUUUACCCGUUAUCUCGGAUUCUGGUGGUUGCAGCAGAAAUUUGCACGAUCCUGAAGCAAACAUCGAAUUCUACAAGAGAUGCACCUGUUCCAUCUCCAAACAGAAUCAAUCGCCACGAAUUCUAUUUUCUAGAAAACCUCUGCUGAAAAUAAUUGUCUUCUGCACCUGGCUGAUGAAGAAGCUAGCGAGUGCCUUUAGAAAAAAUUAUAUCCGGUUCAAAGAGACGAUCUUGAUGUUUUCCGCAAGGGAGAACGCGGAGAAGCUCGAAGAACUCCGUCAAGUGGCUACAGGAUUACAGUCUGAGAACGAGCAAAUGAUUAGUACGUUUCUGGAGAAGGUGAAUUAUCUGGCUCAAGAGAUUACUCAGGUACGCGCAAAUAACGUCGCAACGACUGCCGCUCUAACCGAAGAGAUCCGUAAUAUACAGGACAUUAGCAAGAAAUUGGCUGAAAACAACGAGACAAUGAUGCAGGAGCUAAAGAAAUUACAGAGGACAUUGGACGAUGCGAGAACAAGGUCUCCGAAAGUUUCAGCACCGCCUCCACCGAUAUCAUCGAUUUUAAUUUCAUCAAUGUCAACAUGUCCUCCUCCACCUCCUCCGCCACCACCGCCACCGCCUCCGCCACCUCCACCGCCACCACCUCUAUUAUUUCAGUCACCGGUAAAGUCGAUUACACCGACCACCCCAAACAGCAACAAAAGCGUCGGUACGCCCUCGAGAAAGUGCUCAACGCCGUUGCUUAAUAGGCCAGCUAUAACUGUCGAGGAUUUGCUGAAGGUGACCCUAAAAAAAGCACCGCAGAAUGUUAAGGAAAAUAGAAGGAAUACUAUACCAGGACCGAGGGGACCAGUGGUCUCACUGGAUAUGUUACGUAGCGUUAAAUUAAAAUCUGCCAGGCGCAGAACUAACGACCAAAUAAUGAGAUCACCUAGGGGCGGUCGUAUUACCAAGUCACGAACAACGCCGACCCUUAGCCUGUCUCCGAUCAUGACUGGAACGGACAACUCGUUGGGACGAAUCCUGAAACAGGUGGAUGUUAAUAGACGACCGAGACGUUUGUUAGGCACAACGAACUUCCGCGAGACCACUAUCGCGAAAGUUAAUCGUUCGCUGAACACGGACGCGAAAGAUAACAGUACACAGGCAUUAACGUUGGAUGAUUCACUCUACGCGCAACACUGUGAUACGAAGAAAACGCCUUAGGAAAUAUAUUGUAAUUUAUAAUUCCGACUAAUACACUGACCAUUGUAAUCACACAAUGAAAAUCUGAGAAGAGCAUCAAGUAUAGAGAGUUGUAAUUACUUUAUUUGUAGCUUUCACGUGUGUGGUUUUACAGAAAAAGGUCGUAUCCGGUAAAAUCGCAUUGAUUGUAGUACGUACAGAGUGGUGUGAGAACGCAUGC